ACAGGAAUUAAAUGUUCAACAAAAUUCCAAGCGUUAAAGCGAACAUAUAAGUCAGUUAUCGAUCACAAUAAAAAAAGUGGUAAUAACCGUCAGGAAUGGGAAUAUUUCAAGAUCAUGCAGGAUUUAUUUUCCGAAAAACCAUGGGUACAAGCAAUAUCAGAGGCAGGAUCACAUGUGACAAAAGAUCCUAUUGACGAAAUUAUGCUAAUGGGAGAAGAAACGGAUAGAGAAAAUAUAUUAUCAGCAAAACGUAACAUAGACCACAUGUUAUAUAUAACAUUAUAG